UAGCAGAAAACCAAAAAAUAAAUCUGCCCCAAUUUCUCUUACUGUUACGCUUUGGUUAAAGAGUAAAGACUCAGAACUUUGACAUCUCAAACACGCAUUUGGAAACAACAAAAAUACUAUCGAAGACAAUUCCUGUCUCCCCACUCAGUUUCCACAUUCUUUCGUUCUUCCGUCCUUCCUCUCUCUCUUGAUUCCAACAUUCAAAUUUUAAAUCUCUCUUUUUAUCUCUCGAUUGUUUUGCAAAUACUGAGAAACAGAAAAUCAAUCUUCAGGGGAAAAGAUUGGUAGGUAAAUGAAGAGCAGAACGACACCUGAGAAGGUUUCAGCUAAAUGGAUUCUUAUUCUUUGCAUUUGUAGCUUUUCUGUUGGUAUGCUUUUCACAAACAGGUUAUGGGCUAGUCCUGAAUCUAGUGGUCAGAUCAUCUCCAAACGAAGGCAAGAACAAGAGUUGCAAGUGCUAACCGAAGAUUGUACAAAGAAACAAAAAGGUGAAGAAAACAAGGAUGUAACGGGGGAGGUUCUUAAGACCCACAAAGCAAUUCAAUCUUUAGACAAGACAAUUUCAACGCUUCAAAUGGAGUUGGCUGCGACUAGAAGUUCUCAGGAGAUGGGGAGUGUCAAUGGCUCGUCAGGCACCUCCACAUCUUAUCAUGGUGGACCACCAAGGAAAAAGGCAUUUGUGGUUAUAGGAAUAAAUACUGCGUUUAGUAGCAGAAAGAGGCGUGAUUCUGUCAGAGAGACAUGGAUGCCACAAGGAGAAAAGCUUGUUAAACUAGAGCGUGAGAAGGGAAUUGUCAUACGCUUCAUGAUUGGACAUAGUGCCACAUCCAACAGCAUUUUAGAUCGGGCCAUUGAUUCAGAGGAUGCUCAGCAUAAUGACUUCAUCAGGCUGAAACAUGUUGAAGGGUACCAUGAGUUAUCUGCAAAAACAAAGAUUUUUUUUUCUACUGCUGUUGCAACAUGGGACGCUGAAUAUUAUGUAAAGGUGGAUGAUGAUGUCCAUGUCAAUUUGGGUAUGCUAGCUGCUACUCUAGCUCGUCAUCGUUCGAAGCCUCGAGUCUACAUGGGAUGUAUGAAAUCUGGACCUGUUCUUUAUCAAAAGAAUGUAAAGUACCAUGAACCUGAGCACUGGAAAUUUGGAGAAGAAGGAAACAAGUACUUCAGGCAUGCAACUGGGCAGAUUUACGUUCUCUCAAAGGACCUUGCUACAUACAUCUCCAUCAAUCAGGCGAUAUUGCACAAGUAUGCCAACGAAGAUGUUUCACUCGGUUCCUGGUUUAUUGGACUGGAAGUUGAGCAUAUUGAUGAGCGCAACAUGUGUUGCGGAACCCCACCAGAUUGCGAGUGGAAGGCAGAAGCAGGGAAUGUAUGCAUAGCAUCAUUUGAUUGGAGCUGCAGUGGGAUUUGCAAAUCAGUUGAAAGGAUUAAGGACGUUCAUGCUAGAUGUGGCGAAGGGGAGGCUGCUGUUUGGAAUGCUCUCUUCUAAAUCCAUUUUGAAACUAUGGGAAGUCGUCGAUGGAAUAAUUCUAGUAAGAAAAAACUCUUUCAUUGAGCUUCUUCAAGUGGCAGUUGUCUGAAGAUUGAGAUAUGGGAAAUGAAAGGUAUAGCACUUUGACUCUUAGUACUGCCAGGAAAAAAGCAAUGCCAGUUUCGCUGAAAGCCGUAAGGUGGAAAUUGGUAAACAUGCACGUCGAGAUGGUUAAAGCCAUGAAAUGAUUUUCUAAAAAUUGGGGAAUAUGCCCUCGUAAUACACCCUGGAUUGGGGAAAACUGAGGCAUAUAUGUAUACUUUUACAGAACUAUACACUAGGAUUUUAGCGAGAAGAGGUUAGCUGCUAGUUUUACUGGAUAUUUUAUAUUCUUUCUUUUCAUUUUUCUCCAUCCUCAUUUUUGCUUCUUCCAACUGUAUCUUGAUAGCUUUUAUAAGAAUAUUGGAACCAAAUGCAAUAAAAGAACACCUUUACUAGCCA